AAGGCCGGUUUACAGUUCGGAAAAUGUGUCACGGGUUUUUUGCGCGGGAUUUAGCACGGGAAUCAGCUCGGAAAAAUUUCCCGUUUAGCAUUCUCCACACCUCUCCACAUCCAACAAAAUGAAAUUUGACAUUUGUUUAUUUACCAACAUCGGUGCGUGACUCCAACUUUACGCGGGUGAAAAUUUUUCAGUAGCUUUUCCGCUUUUUCGGGUGAAAAUUUGAAAAAUGAACUGUUUUGAGGACAAUUUGUUGAUCGUAGCUGCUUCAAUAUUAACAAUCGGGUUAAUAGUCAAAAAGAAGCGAAUUACUAGAAAAAUCGGCAGGAGCUGCUGGGUGAAUCCCUACUUGCGGCAGAAGAACGAAAAAGGGAGAUUUGCGGAGGAUUUUGAUGAUAUGCGUGGCUGGAACAGCGAGUUCGUCCAAAACUUUCAUAUGGAGGAGGAGCAGUUUGAAGAGCUCUUUCAAAGGGUCAAGCAUCGCCUGGAGCCGAAGAGAUGCACUCGUCCAGAUGGAGCUAAGCAUAGAUUGGCCUAUACAUUAGAAUAUCUCGCUGGAGGACUUUUCUUUGAACGAUACGCCGCAAGUAAUUACCGUAUUAGUAAAUCUUCUAGCUGUAACAUAAUAAGAGAAACAUGCCAAAUUAUUUACGAAGAGCUAGCCAGAACGGAAUUUAUGGCAUACACGCCAGAAAAUUGGAUGACCGUAGCAGCAGAUUUCAAUGCAAAAUGGAAUAUGCCCAAUUGUCUCGGUGCACUGGAUGGCAAGCACGUGAGGAUCAAGUGUCCGCCGAAUGCGGGUUCCCUGUAUUACAACUACAAGCGCUACCACAGCAUCAUACUAAUGGCAGCCAGUGAUGCUAGUUACCGAUUCACUUUUAUCGACGUUGGAUCUCCUGGUGCAGAUGGCGAUGUAAAUGUUUUCUCCAGAACUGAUUUCGGAAAACACAUAUUAGAGGACGCCCCAUUUUUGAAUUUACCGCCAGAUUCUCCCAUCAAUGGUGACGACACGCCGUAUUUCUUCAUUGCUGAUGAUGCUUUCCCAUUAUCCCAUCGUAUAAUGAAGCCAUACGGGACAGCAACCGAACUCAUUAAUGCUCAAAGAAUUUUCAACUAUAUAGACUCUCGCGUGCUCGUCGCACUGUUGAGAAUGCAUUCGGAAUUUUGACAAUGCGUUGGGGAUGUCUUCGAUCAGAAUUUCUUUGUGCUCCAGAUAAAGUCAAGAUCAUCGUUGCUGCAUGUUGUGCACUACAUAAUUUUCUAUUGAAUAGAAGUGCAUCAUACGCGACGUCAGCAGAUCGUUAUGACAAAAAUGAAAAAGUUGUCGAGGGAGAAUGGCGCACAUUACAGCAGAUGGAUCAGAUUAAUGGGCAUAAACGUGGACGGCCUCAUGAAGCCGGCAGUUUUAUUCGUCGAAAAUUGACGGAAUAUUUCAACAAUGUAAACAUUUUACCGUUUCAGUUUGAACGCGCUAACUGUAUUUAGAACAUAGAGAAAUGUGCUUAAUUUGAGGUUA